AUGCGACGCUCUAUUAGCAGCAGGGGUUGCAGCAGCCAGCCCCCACUAACACAACACAAGCCACAAGUCACUAGCAGCCAGCCCCCACUAACACAACACAAGCCACAAGUCACUAGCAGCCAGCCCCCACUAACACAACACAAGCCACAAGUCACUAGCAGCCAGCCCUCACUAACACAACACAAGCCACAAGUCACUAGCAGCCAGCCCCCACUAACACAACACAAGCCACAAGUCACUAGCAGCCAGCCCCCACUAACACAAAUCAAGCCACAAGUCACUAGCAGCCAGCCCCCACUAACACAAAUCAAGCCACAAGUCACUAGCAGCCAGCCCCCACUAACACAACACAAGCCACAAGUCACUAGCAGCCAGCCCCCACUAACACAACACAAGCCACAAGUCACUAGCAGCCAGCCCCCACUAACACAAAUCAAGCCACAAGUCACUAGCAGCCAGCCCCCACUAACACAAAACAAGCCACAAGUCACUAGCAGCCAGCCCCCACUAACAACACAAGCCACAAGUCACUAG